AGGGGAGUGCACAAGUUAUCAAAGUGCAGAGUCGUCAUCAGUGUAGAGAUUGUAUCACAGAGGUACACCUUUCAGACUCGCUGUUUAGCUGUUGAUGCAUGGAGGUUCGGUGUCUACUAGUCUGCUCAAAGGUUUUGCUGUCAUUCGUCCUUACCUAUACAAUCUGAGAAGAUGAUGCGUGUCGUGGUUUGUCUCGGAGUGGUUGCCAUAUCGGUGAUUUUACAGUUGGCGUAUGCUACAGAAAAGUUAAAGGUGGUACCAUCCUCCAUCAACAAAAGACUGGACAUGUUUAAGCAGCUUAGGAAGAGCCAGGAAGGGAAGUCUUCCCAUUCUCUGGAUGGAGCAGAUCCCGAUGGAAUUUUCCAGCACUGCAAAUGUACUAGCGAUAUGCAUGUUAAUUGCAAUUGCCAAGGGCUUAUUGCUACCGGAGUAACGGCAUCCAUGACUAUGAAGUAUCUGCCAUACACGGCCAGUGUUGAUGUCGAAGUGAAAUGCAACUCAGACAUCUUCUUCGCCCAGGGCAGCAUGGAUCCCUUCGAGAACGUCGAGCGUUGUGCGCUGGAGAAGGAAUGCGGGGGUGUGGACGUCAAGAUGUGCUUCCGUCUGUACAAAAUGACAGGUGCUGAUGAAGAAGGUACAGCACCACACGGUUGCAACGACGUCACUGUUUCCAUCGAUGGAGGCCAGGAGACAGUCUACACGGAGUGCAUGCCGGGAACAAGCUAAGCUAAGAAAUGUGACCCGUCAUCCCCAAACUCAGGUUGAAGUAGGUAAGUUUGAUGGUUGACAAUUCCUCUCCUUCAGCUUUUUCACUCUUCAAAGUAAUCCAUGUCAAGUGUUAAUUCUGUCUGCAGUAAGGUUAUACGGAUAGCUAUAGCUGUGAAAUUUCCAUGAAGACGUGAACAGUGGAAGUUCCACUUUUUCAGGAAAUGAAGUUACCUACUUUAGCCUGGUUUUGGGAUGGUGGCUCUCUCUAUCUUGUGUUAUAAAGCAGUAUGUUGUUCUUUUCAUGUGCAUGCAGUUCUGUUCAUAAUUUAGCCUAUACCAUGAGUUUAUCGAUGAACCAGGUUCUUUCCAAUACCUUUUAUGGAAAUUACUGAUUUUUGAAGUGUCUGCGCAAUUUACAUCUGCUUUAGUAUGUGAAAUUGGAGGCAAUGUAAAAAUCACAAUUUCUUUUAGUGAAAAACAGGUCAACCAAAAUUGUAGUAGCGACUGGAAAAGUUCUGAUUUGACAGCAUUUUCUUCUGUCACCUAUAUGAUACUUUUCAAAUCAAAGCAAAAUAUGCAUAUGCUUUUUUUAAACAAAUUUCAGUUUGAAAGUUAACAGAGGUGUCUACGACCAUUGUCAAUAUGGACAGUACAUGUCUUUAUGAUAUUCGUCAUUUUAAGUAGCCUAUGGGAUAGAAGUAGAGGUUAAUGUGGAACCAGAAAGGUCACAGAUUACAUUGCUACAUAUCGUUCCAUUUUGAAUGCAGUAUAGUCAUGAGCUUACUGAAACCAACUAGAGUUUCCAAGGUUCAUUGUGACUCUGACUAGAAAACAGUUCAACAACGACUACCCAGUGCUUGUCAGCUUAGAUAAAUACAUUUGGGGAAAGCCAAAUGGGGCUCGGAGAUGGCGUUCUUUUCACACUUUUGUGCUGGUUUUUCAUAACAACGCUACGGCAUUGACACAGGCUAUCGUUAUUUUGAGUAGAAUUGAAAAGUCUUUACAAUACAGCCAAGUUACCCAGCUUGCGUUAUGGAUUAUAAUUCUAUGCGUGUACCAUUCCCUUACGCCAUACAGUAGAAGGUUUACGUGACGUAUACAGGUCAUGCGUAUCAGGCUGUUGAAUGCAGUCAAACCAAAAGCGCAUGAAUUAACCAGUACGUGUAUUAUUUUGUUUGCUUUAUAGAACAAUUUAGACUGGCUUUUGUAGUCAACCUGGCUUAUGUAGCCACUCUGUAAUAGUAGGCUUAGCCUGCAACCAUUCACAUUGAUAAUAUUACAUGUAAUUAUAGAAUAGCCAAUUUGUCGUUAUACACUCACCCAUUUGGUUACGAUCCAAACCUUCGUGAACAUAUUCAUGCAACUGUACAGCUUUCUGAAACCAGAUAUAGAUAACCAUUACGUUUAAAUAUGAUGUGUGUCUAGUUUAUACUGCAUGUGCAUGCUAUAGUAAUGUAUUUAAUUAAGAGCUGGGCUAUGAGUUUGCUGUGAUAUGACGUAGGGAUUUGUGUUACAAAGUCAUUGGCAAGUCCUGCCCCCGUGGUAGUCACGAACGUAUAUAUGUAUAUACAAAAACCUGGACUUGCAACACUUUUGUAUGAAAUAGAAGCUAACCAGCAGCCAUUUCACCGAGUCGAAUACAAAUGCUUGGGUUGGCUCGCUCUAUUGACGCCAGGGAGACCAAACGUGGGCAUUGCCGGGCAAGCUUCGUGUUGGGCUUGGUAAAAUGGCCGCGAGUGGAUUCAACGAUCUCUACAGGGUGUAUCAAAAAGAAUACAGUCAAAAAAUUAACUGCAAAUAAAAGGGCAUUGCGAGUCCAGAUUUGGUGACAGUACCUUCAUACUUGCUACGCACCAUCGACUCACUGUGGAGCUCUAUAGGUCAAUAACGCACCACGCACAAAGCACACCCAAGCCUUGUAGACUGCACAAUAACCAUUGUACUGCGGUGCAUGCAGUGUAGCAAUUGAAUUUCGUUGAGAACAGACCAUGCACUCCAGUUUUACGAAAAGAUAUUCACACUAAUGCAAAAAUAUGAAAAUAUUUAUCCUUUUGUUUUGAGAAACGAAUUCAUUCCUGAUAAAAAGGCAAAUGAAGUUAACGAAACGCUAUAGAAAGUACCGCAUAUAGAUUUUAAGGUAUUCUGUUUUCACAGGUAAUAUUUGAUAGAUUUGGAAAACAAACUGUUUAUUCAAGAAUUAUACACAUCUUUACUUAGUACUCAGUGGCGAAGCCUUUGUGAUCUCAGCAUCCAAACAGUCCUUGUCCUUUCUAUCUCUGCAAAGAUUUUGGUGAACUUUCUCUUUGCACUUGUGUAAAGGUUCUUAAGUAAACAGUCUCAGUACAGUUAGUUAAAGUGUUUACAAUCUUGACACAUGAACAAACAAAAUAAAGCCGUAGGAUCAGAAGCAAAAAA